UUUGCCUAAACUGAGUUGAGGGGUAACUCAAAAAGUCUGAAAGUCGGUACUUUCAGACUUGUUUCCAGUUUUUUGUUAGGAAAGUGAUUUCUUGCUGCGCAAAGCUAAUGUUGACUGUGAUGUUUUGUUGUCCGCGGCUGACAGGGCGCUGGGAUGAGCGCGCUCUGUGUUAACAUGGCACUAGUAGAAGCUUAACGUUUGCAGUUCAAUUCAGCAGACUCAUCUGUUGAUUUCCUGCUUGUCUUUCAUUCUCGUUCUGUGAUUCUUCUGUUCCUUUGCUCCCAAAUUGCAGGGCUGACGUAGGCUGUGCGGAAGCAGCCCUUCUGCAGCUGCCGACCUUCAUGCGCAGCAUUUUGGUGUUUCUCUUAAACACCUGUCUACAAAUGAUAUUUCAAAUUGACAUUUGUUUCUGUAUACUCUAAAGCGACUUGUGAGCAGGAUAACGCUGCGUUCAAGUCUAUUAGACUGCUGUUAGUUGAGGUCAGUCUCCUGUGUGUGUUUAUAAGCGUGCUUACUUUGCAAUCUGUUUGGUCAGAGUUGUUAAUUAUUCCUUAAUUAUAUCUUCAGAAACAGGCUUGUUCUCGUGGUCUGUGCAUGCUGUAUGUUGUCAGCCGGAUGGUGCCUGUUUUGUGUGUUUAAUAAAACGCAAACCAAAACUUUGAGUUCAUGAACUUCCGGAAGCAGAUGUCCCUCAUAAAACUGUGCCACAGAAGGAAGUUGCAAAACUUUUUCUUUGCAGUUCUUCUUUCCGAUUCAGAGAGAGCAGGAGACAUCUCCACCGGUAACGCUUAUUUCUAGGGUUAGCACAACUCCUUGAGCAGUCUGUCCGCUUCUUUAACCCACUGCCUGCGCCAGAUACGUAACAAACGGCUUUCUGCCAGGGAACUAACUCGUUCUAGAGCUGUUUUUUGAGUGGGGAGGGGGGCGGGAGAAACACGUCUGCGUCUUGGAAACCACCUGUAAAACAGAGUGAUUACAAUUGUUUUUAUGGGGUAAAACUUCCCAGAUUUUCUUCUCCUUCUCAAACCAAUUGCUCUUGGCGGGUAGUAAUGGGACUUGGCAAAGAUUUGGGGUACUCGGAGGGGAGGCACGUGAAGGUGCAGGACGCCUUGCUGACCUACAUCCAGCAUCGCCGGGUAAAGCAGAGGAUUCUUGAGGCCUUCUUGGUGCAAUAUUGCUGACCUCGGAAAAUUCUCCUAACGAUGUCUGAGGUUUCUAGGUUAGUUUUCAAACUCCUCUCUGUAAGUCCCGUAAAUGAGUCCCAUCCUUUUAAGUGAAAAAGCUGGAAGUCUUGUCUAAUGUUUCAAGGAAUUAAGCAACGGGGAGUGGGGCAGGUAAUUUAGCACAUGCAGAUCUUGCCAUAGGUUACUUUUUCAGGUGGUAAUACUGACUCAUUCUUCAUUGUGAAUGCUGCAAUAAGGAAUUAAACUAAAACCAGUUUAUACCUGUUUUAUCACUGAAAAGCUAAAAACUGAUAUUCGGCAUGUGUAAAUAAUGGAUUUAUAGCAGGAAGCGAUCUUGUUCCCUCCAGCAGAGGGAGGGGGGCAUGUCUAUAGCGAUUAACCGUGAUUGUCUUCCAUAUAACAAAAGUUGCGCUGUCCCGCAUGUUAGCUGCGGAGACUCAGCGUGCUUUAUGGUUCCAGCUCUUGUUUGUCGCGUGACAAGGUGCAGCUGUAGCAAAGAUAAGUACGGGUUUCUGACCUUCCUUUCCAGCUACUUUGCUGAUACAAAUGGUAAGAGGUGACCAUGGACAGAGAACUGGAUCUUAAUAUUUUGGGUAUACUUAAAAUUCCCAAACCUAGGAAGGGGCAAACUCUUGUUGCACUGAACUUGAUUUGUUUUCCUGUCAAGCGUAGGGCUCAGUACAUCUCCUGCGAGAGAGGAGUAAGGCAUAAGCCCUUACUCCAAACACAGACAAGUUGGCACGCUUGCCCUAAUGGUGUGCACCCGGGCGGUGGGGAGAACGGGUUGUCUGAUGUGUGCAUAUGCUUGUACACGUUACCAUUAAAAUACAAAUGUAAGGUUUCAUUUCCUUGUCCGACACAUUCUGAUUAGUGGACUGGCACUCAGUAUAUUCACAAAACUAACUUGUUCAGUGUUUCUGAUCAACAGCAACUAACAAAUCCUUGUUUCCUCUUGUAGCACUCCAUCUCUCCAGGACUGUAAUGUUACAGCCUACAGGACUGUUAUCCUACAGCUAUAGGAUCAGAAACAUCUUCCUGCCAAAAUAAGUGGAAAAUGUUCUCAUCCUUUCUUAAAAUUCAUUUGCCUGCAUGAAAUUUCAAUUUCCUGGCAGAGACCGCGUUUGAUUUUCAACCUGAUUUUCAUCCAUUUGAAAAUUAACAUUUUAACAGCAACAAAAGUGUUCAGUAUUGCCCUGAAGACUCAUUUAGCCAUAUAAAUUAAUAUAAAUGCUGCCUGCUCUCAUUGUAGCUGGUGCCUUUCCUUGCUUGCAGCUUGACACUUACUGAAAGAUGUCAGCGAUUGGGGUAGCAGCCUCCUGCUCCGGUCUCCGUCCUGGUGUGUGGCUGUUGAAACCAGGCGUGCACAAGAUGCGCUCCCUUGGCUUCCAUACGGCAGCCAGGUGCGCUGCCAAGGAUUACUACGAGGUUCUCGUGCUGGGUGGAGGCACUGGUGGAAUCACCAUGAGUGCUCGGAUGAAGAGGAAAGUGGGGGCAGGAAAUGUGGCUGUUGUUGAGCCAAGUAAGACUCAUUACUAUCAGCCGCUCUGGACUCUGGUUGGUGCUGGUGCAAAGCAGCUGGCAGCUUCUGCACGACCAACAGAGAGUGUAAUGCCUCAAGGUGUCGAAUGGAUCAAAUCUCGAGUUACAGGGCUGGAUCCAGAUAAGAACUGUGUCUGGCUGGAGAAUGAUAAAAAGAUAUCUUACAAGUAUCUGAUAAUUGCCCUUGGAAUCGGUCUGCAUUAUGAAAAGAUCAAAGGCUUGCCUGAGGGUUUUCAUCACCCAAAAAUAGGUUCCAAUUAUUCAGUUCAUACAGUAGAGAAAACAUGGAGAGCUUUGCAAGAUUUCAAGGAAGGAAAUGCCAUCUUCACUUUUCCAAACACUCCAGUGAAAUGUGCAGGGGCUCCUCAGAAAAUCAUGUAUUUAUCAGAGGCCUACUGGAGGAAAACAGGAAAACGGUCCAAAGCAAACAUAGUGUUCAAUACUUCGCUGGGUGUCAUUUUUGGUGUUAAGAAGUAUGCUGAUGCAUUGCUUGAGAUAAUAAAGGAGAGGAAUAUUGCUGUCAACUAUAGACGCAACCUUAUUGAAGUUCGAGCAGACAAGCAGGAAGCUGUGUUUGAAAACUUGGACAAACCAGGAGUCACUGAAGUUCAUCAGUAUGAAAUGCUUCAUGUCACACCCCCAAUGGGGCCACCUGAGGUACUCAUCAACAGUCCUGUCUCGAAUGAAGUUGGCUGGGUAGAUGUAGAUGCGGAAACUCUACAACAUAAAAAGUAUCCUAAUGUAUUUGGUAUUGGAGACUGCACCACCCUUCCAACAUCAAAAACGGCUGCAGCUAUAGCUGCCCAGUCUGGAGUGCUUGAUAAAACUAUUUCUAUGGUAAUGAAGAACCAGUUACCAACUAAAAAGUAUGAUGGAUAUACUUCCUGCCCACUAGUCACAGGCUAUAACAAAGUGAUUCUAGCAGAGUUUGACUACAAUGCUCAGCCACUGGAGACGUUUCCCAUUGACCAGAGCAAGGAGAGAGUAACCAUGUACCAUAUGAAAGCUGAUAUAAUGCCACUUCUCUACUGGAAUGCAUUACUCAAGGGCUACUGGGGAGGACCAGCUCCUUUCAGGAAGCUAAUGCAUCUAGGCUUAAAGUAACUGCUGGUUCUUGAUGCUGGUCAACACCUUUGAAGAAAAAGGACUGAUCUCUGAAUGGAUCAAUACGUAUCCUUCCUCUUAACCUACUUUCUGGCUGACUGAUGUGUUUUUUUUUUGUUUUGUUUUUUGUUUUUAAAUCACACUUUUCUCAGAUUCAGUUUCCCCUUUUAGGGAUUAAGCCUUGCUUGCUGUUUCCUCACUACUCUUCUACUUAGAGCAAUGGCUUAAGAUGCUUCCAUACCUUCACAGGAGUUUGAACCAAAGUGCAAACUUGCCUUAAGCUACAGGACACUACUGAAGUCUUCUGCCACAAUCACUAAACUUAAACCUGUUGUGUAUAUAACUCCAGGUAACAGGCUAUCUUUUAGAUGAGUAAAUCGAUAUGUGCACUGGAUUUAACACAAUAAAUGAAUGUCAGUAAAAUGGUCUCAAAAGUAUUUUUGAAAUAUGAGCCAAAUCAAUCCUGAUUUCUUCAGCAAGAAGCAUGGUUGCUCUCUAACUAUAGAUGGAUUACAGAAGUUAGUGCACGUUACUGAAGGGGAAUGCCUCUCAAGCCCUCCACGUUUUUCUAGACUCACUUAAGGUUUCUUUUGAGACCCUAACACUAGCCCUGACCUAUUUUCCUCAGACAAGAACCAAAGCGGUUACAUUAGAUUCAACUUUGUUUUGUGCCACCUUUUAGGGAGAUCUUCUCUGCUGAUAAGAAAAUGUAUUUUCACAAGAGCCUCAUCUAUGCUAAUUCCCAGUGUAAAGCAGUGUAUAUACUAGCAUAAUUGUGAUAGCUUUUCACUGUUA